GUUGUCAUUUUCAACCCAGCCAACGCUAUAUAUGCACUUGUCCCUCGUCUCCAUCACCCCGAAGUAAUAAAAAAAAAUACCUCGCCAGCUUCUCUGUCGCUUUCUGCCAGGCUCCGACGAAAUCGGGGCACAUUUGCGGGCACUUUCGCCGCAUUUGAAAACAGGUGUCCCAGGUUUAGAUACCCGGAAAUACAGCGCAAGGGGCACUGGUGAGAGGAUGGCUGCGUACAAGCUGGUUCUGAUCCGCCAUGGCGAGAGCUGCUGGAAUCAAGAAAAUCGCUUCUGCGGCUGGUUCGACGCGGACCUGAGUGAAACCGGAGUGGGGGAGGCGAAGAGAGGAGGACAGGCCUUGAAAGAUGCUGGCUAUGAAUUUGAUGUGUGCUACACCUCAGUCCUGAAGCGGGCCAUCCGGACCCUGUGGCUUGUUUUGGAGAGCAUAGACCAGAUGUGGCUGCCUGUCCAUCGGACCUGGCGACUCAAUGAACGUCACUAUGGUGGGCUGACUGGGCUAAACAAAGCGGAGACUGCAGCCAAACAUGGGGAGGCCCAGGUCAAGAUCUGGAGGCGCUCUUUUGACAUCCCUCCCCCACCCAUGGAUGAGGAGCAUGACUACUAUAAUAACAUAAGCAAGGAUCGUCGCUAUGCCGAUCUGACUGAGGACCAGCUUCCAACCUGCGAGAGUCUUAAGGAUACCAUUGCCCGAGCACUGCCAUUCUGGAAUGAGGAGAUUGUGCCCCAGAUUAAAGAGGGCAAGCGGGUUCUGGUUGCUGCCCACGGCAACAGCCUUCGGGGCAUUGUCAAGCACCUAGAGGGUAUGUCUGAUGAGGCCAUCAUGGAACUGAACCUGCCCACAGGGAUCCCCAUCAUGUAUGAGCUGGACAAGAACCUGAAACCUUUGGGACCAAUGCAAUUCCUGGGAGACGAGGAGACCGUUAGGAAGGCCAUGGAAGCUGUUGCUGCCCAGGGCAAGGCGAAGAAAUAGGCACAUCACCCCUACUGUAGUUGGGCAGAAGUGAUUUGUCCUGGAGUAUAGAUUAUUGAACAUGCACUGUUACAUUCUACACAAGACUCAGCUGAGUCAUAACCAGUUUUCACACAAAUACACGAAACAAUAUAGCGUUUGAUUUGAUCGGUCUGUACUUUAGUGACAUACUGAGGCACUUGAAUAGUUAUCAGUAUUAGACAAUCGGUGUUAGCUGUAACAUUGACUAUGAUGACUAACCAAAAAAAAUUAGAAAACGGCAAAUAUUACCCCCACCCUCAAGUCAUUUGCUCAUUUGGUUUAGCGAAAAGUAAUUUAAGAAGCAACAAGCAAAUGUGCUUGAUAUGCUAUGCUGCCUGCUGCUCUGAAGGACCAUUGCUAAGACAUUUCAUAAAUGAAUUCUUAUUCUGACCAUUGUUCUAUACCGUUUCUCUACUUCUGCUCCACCUGAGGGAUUUAUGGGCUAAUAUUGUCUGGUCAUCCCAAGUUCCCCAUUUUGUUUCUUCUGUAGAUGAAGCUCAAUUGGAACUGUAUAAUCCAGGUAACACUAACUUUUGUAAAAGGGACACAACAUGCCCUACACUGCUGAUGAUUUUGUUUGCUUUGGUAUUAUGUGAAGAUUAAAAAGUGUUAUGCGCAAAGUGUUAUGA